AUGGUCCGAUUUAAAAACAGAUAUGUAACAGUAGAAAUUAAUGCACCAGCCAUACCUGAAAACAAACCUCUUCACUUGAAGUCGAAAAUAUUUCAUGACACCGUUAUGGACAAAAUACAACUUUUAUACGGCGACUUCGGAGUUGCGGCUGUGAAAAUGGGAUUUCUAGCGAAAUAUUGCAAUGAGAAUACAAGAAUAGCCAUAUUGAAAUCAAGACAUGGUCCUCAUAAAUUUGUGACAAGUGCCUUACCAUUCGUAACUAAAAUAGGUAAAUUAGAAGUGAAUUUAAGGACUCUACAUGUUGGUGCUACUUUGAAACAUAGUUUUAUGUUCAUCCAAAAGCAUCAGAGAGCUUACUUGGACUCCAUGUGGUCGGAGCUUAAAACUGACGAGGAAAGGAAAGCUUUGGAAAGUGCUGUUAUGGACUUUAGUAAGACUGAUGUAGCAAUAAACUUAGAGUAUCUUACAUAA